AUGAAUAAUUACCCACUUUCUAUUAAUUCUUUAAAUGAACUACUUAACGAGAAUGAAAACAAUGAAAAAAAGGAAAAAAGUACAUUUUAUGAUUUAAAUUUGCCUAAACAAGUUAUAUGUAGUUUAAAACUUAUGAAUAUCAUAUACCCAUCACCAAUACAAUCAUUAUCUCUAAAAAAAGCUUUAAAUAAAAAAAAUUUAAUUAUUCAAUCAAGAAAUGGAACAGGAAAAAGUUUAUCAAUAUGUAUAAUUUUAAUAAGUCAAAUAUUUUUGAAAAUGCAAAAAUUUUUGAAAAGUAAAGUAAGUGAAGAAAAAUGGAAAAUUUUCAACAUAGAUAAUAUGAAAGAGAAAGAAAAUUAUGUAAAAGACGAUAAAAAAAAUAAUUUUUUGAAUGAUGAUUUGUUUUUUUUAUCAUUAUUUUUUUUCGGUAUAGUACUUGUACCAACUCGUGAAUUAUGUGUACAACUUUAUGAUAACAUUAAAAAAAUAUCUGAUAAUAUAAAAUAUAUAAAAGAUUAUGAUUGUUCCUAUACUAAUAACUCGGUUAACAAUUCAAUAGACAAUUCAAAUGAAAAAGACGACUUUAAAUACUCUGAAAAAAUAUACUUUAAAAUAAAAUCAAUAAUACUAUAUGGUGGAACAAAUGUAUUUGAAAAUGUAAUAAAUAUUUUUGUUUCCUUACCUAAUAUUAUUAUAUCUACACCUGGAAGAUUAAAACAUAUUUUGAGUAUUUUGAAAAAAUUAAAAAUGAAAUUAAAAAGCGAAAAAUACAAUAAAAUUUACGAAUUGUCUUAUUUAAAAAUAGUGAAUAUUUUAUUAAAAAAACUUGUUAUUGAUGAAAUUGACGCUCUUUUAGACGAGCAAUUUGAUGACCAAAUAAAAAUUAUUUUUAAUUAUUUAAUAACUUCAAAAAUUCAGAUACUAUGCUACAGUUCAACUUUUCUUGAUUCUCUUAUUUUAUCUUUUAUAAAAAAUGUAAACUGCUAUGAUCAAAAUUAUUUAUCUAAAUUAAAAAGUACUAAUUUAACUGAAUUAAGCAAUUUUUUAAAAGAAGAUAGCUUGAUUAAAGAAUUUCAAUUUAAAAAUGAUCUAUAUCAAGAUGACAAUAAUAAAAUAUUAGAAAAUAACAUAGAAAAUAAAACUAAUAAUAUAAUUAGUUAUGAAAUUGAAAGAACAAUGAAUAGCAAAAUCUAUGAUAAAAUGAAUAAAAAUCAAUAUGAAGACGAAAAUGUAAUGUAUAUAAAGAAAGACAACGAAUUCAAUAAAACUGGAGAUAGUAAACAUAAAAUUUUAAAACUAAGUAAUAAAAAAAUUAAAAAAAAAAAAAAAAAAAAAAAAAAGUAUAGGAAUAAUAAUAAAAGUUCUAAUAGUAUAAGAGCUGUAGAAGAAAUGUUACAAGUUAAAAGCAUAUUUUGUAAAAGUGAUAUAAUUAGGUAUAUUAUAAAAAAAAUGAUAAAAGAAAAAGAAAAAAUCCCGAAUUACACUAAUAAACAGAGAGAUUUUGAAUUUAUUCAAACUUGCACAUCUUUAAUUAUUCACUCGAACGGAAAUAAAAAAAAUAAAAUAAAUUAUCAUGUUAAUGAAAUAACAAAAAAUACUCAUGAAAAAAAAAUUAUCGAGGAAAAGGAUAACGUGCCAGAUGAAAUAAAAAUAAAAGAAGAUAGGAUAAAAUUAAAUAAAGAAAUCCUUAAUUCAGAUGAAAAAUCAAAUUCACCUGUUUUAUUAAAUAUUAAACAUUGUUUUAUAACAAUCAAUAACGAAAACUUAAACAAAAAAGAAGAGCUAAAAUAUAAAAUGAAAGUAUUACUAAAGAUAAUUAAUGAGAUAAAAUUUAAUCAAUGUUUUUUAUUUAUAAAUAACACAUAUGAGGGAAUACAAAUUACAAAGAUGCUAAAUAAAUUUGAUAUAUCAUCAUAUUAUACCAGUUCAAAAAUUGAACACAAUGAAAGAAUAGAACAUUUUAAAAAUUUCCAAAGUAAUAAAAUCAAGAUAGUAGUUUGUACUGAUGUAAUGAGUAGAGGAAUAGAUAAUAUAAUUUGCGAUUUAGUUAUAAAUUUUGACAUACCUCAAAGUAAAGAAACAUAUAUUCAUAGGUCAGGUAGAUGUGGUAGAUACGGUAAAAAAGGAUUGUGUAUAAGCUUAUGCAACUAUUCUGAUUACAAUUAUUUAUAUUAUUUUAAAUAUCAGUUGAAAUUAGAAGUUUAUGAUUUCUAUUAUAUAUGUAAUUCUUUGAGAAAAAAAGAAAAUGAAAACCAAAAUACCAGCAUAAAUAUUAACCUAACAAAACCCAAUAAUUCGAUAAAAUGUAUCAGUGAUGAAAACAGUGAAAGUAAUUACAACAAUAAUAACUGCUUAAAUGAAUACAACGAAAAUGAAAAUUUUCAUAUGAAUGAUGAAGACAUGAAUUCUAACGAAUAUUAUCAUGAUAAGAAUAUCUUAUACAAUGGCAACACUAAAUAUAUAAAUAAUUUAAAUAGUUGUGAACAACAAGAAAAAGAAAAAUUAGAAAAAAUACAUGAGUAUAAAAAAAAAAAUAAAAAAAGUAAAAUAUUAAAAUUAAAUAUUAAAGGUUUUUAUGGAAAGGAUAUAAAAAUUAUUGAAAAUGAAAAUAGUAGUAAGAGUGAUGUUUAUUUAAAAAUAUAUUUCAAAAAAUUAGUAACAAAAAUGAAAAUUGUAAAAAGUGAAAAAAAUUAUUUUUUUUUAAUACCGAAUGACAACAUUAAUUUUUUUAAAAAUAUUAACAUAAUUCAACAUAAAUCCAAUUUAAUUAUUUAUUUUACUUUUUAUAAGAAAAUCAAGAUAUAUUGGAAUUCUUAUUUUUUGAAUAAUUUAAAAAAAGAAAAAAAGAAAUACUGUAAAUCUAAUUUCUGCAUGUUUUUUUUUUGUAAUUCAAAUAAUUAUAUGAUUUUAAAGCUUUUUUACUCUUUUAUCUUUUUUUUUAAAUAUUUUAAAUACCCCUUUAAAGAAAAUUUUAAUCAUCUUUUAAUAUAUAAGCAAAAUUAUAUUGAGAAAAUAUACAAGGAAAAAAAUAAUAAUAAUAAUAAUUAUUUCUUGAUAAAUAAGAAAAGUAAAUGGAAACAAUAUAACUAUAUAUCAGACAGCUGGUUAUAUAAAAAAACAGAAAAAAAAAACUUACAAGAAAAAGGAAAAGUUUAUGAAACAGAUAAUCAAAUUUAUCUAAAUGAAGAAAAAGAAUACAUAAAAAAAUAUAGUUUUCCUUUUUUUUUUGUCAAUAGAAAUUAUUUAUAUGAAUCAUUUAAUUAUUUUCAUUAUAACAGCUCUUCGAGUAACGAUAUGGAUUAUAAUAUUUUAGAAGAAAAGGAAAAAGUGAAAUUUAAUACUUUAUCAUUAGAAUCAAUUUUUAUUUCCUUGAAUAUGAGCAUAAGAGAAAAAAAAAAUUUAAUUAAUUUUUGUGAGCAAUGCGAAAAAAUACAAUGUAAAAAUAAUGAAUUAGAAAUAAUUAGAAAAAUUAAUAACUUAUUAUCAUCUCAAAUAUAUCUCAACUUGAAUACUAAUGAAAAUGUAAAUUUACUAAAAAGUAUUUUUUUACAAAAUCAUAUAAAGUUACAUGAAAAUUUUUAA